ACCUGCCCUGCGGUGAUUUGGCGGUCGUGCUGGUUCAGGUUCAAGGGCAGAUCUGCAUACAACCCCAGGCGGUGGACUUUGUGUGUCAGUACGUGUAUGAGUAGAUUGAAGCUGCAACUGCAACCUGUUCGCGUGAUUUAGGUUGGUACUGGCAUAACUGAUGUCAUUUUGAGGGCGGUGCUGGGGAUGCAACACGCGCUUUGACGUGAGUGGCUGCGUCCAUGCUCAUUUCUUGCGUGAAACUGCCGAGAAACACCAGCACCAUUGGUUAAUCAUUCAGCAAGUCUGUUGACUGUUGGAGCAACUUUCCAUCUUGUCUAACCUUUAUUACAAGAAACAGAGAGGGCAGUUUCGUGCCGUAGUCAUCUGUGGCUGAGAGACCUACAUGUAUCACGGCGGGACUUGUAUACGAUCACCACACAAACGAGAGUUUCUGUAUGGAAUGUAGUUACAUGUACAUGUAUGUGCAUCUGUGGUACGUGUUUGGCGUGAGAACUGAUAGACUACCAUAUGCCCUUCCAAUCAUCACUUUCAUUCAUCAGUGCAACAAUUUCACUUGCUAUGGUGAUGACCUGCGAUCACCGGGUCUUGACAACUCUGCUACACCCCCACUUCUGUACACGGACUCCGCUAACCCAUGGCAUGGACGCUAGUUCAGCAGUAGCUCUACAUUACAUGGAUUAUAACCAGAAGGAAUGACAACUUAAUAAUAACUCAACACGCGCAUAUCUACCUGAUUAUUGAGAAAGAUUUCAUCCCACUAUCAACCAACGCACAACAGCUGCACGUAAUUGAACGAUAUCAGAAUUGCUAUGAGCGUGUGUUAUCCAGAAACAAUAUCAGGAAAAGCCUAUUAUCUUUUCUGUACGGCUUAAGUUGGCACUCGUGCCCACAACCAGCUUACAAACGGUAGGCCUGCCGCACUGUGGAUCAUUUCAUUUAUACUCCGGCGUCAACGGUUGCUUUGUGGUUGUCAGGAUUUGUGAUCCGGUCUACAGGAGUUAGCACUACAUGAUCCAUCACACUACGAAUUAUUUCAUCUCACACCUUCAAGUGAAGUACAUUUUUUGAUUUAUGAAUUCCCAAGCACGUUUCUAUACUCGAGAUGUUCAGCUGUGUUUGAGACCACCUCGGCCUGUUUUAAUUUUCAUGUUCUGCUUUGAGGGAAGGAGAGCUUUUUUGUCCCAGCGUAGCGAAUCUCGUCACCGACUCGUCACCGGCGAAAUCCGAAACUCGCUCAACCGGACACUUCGCCCAUUUCGCUUCCGCACUACACCGAUGUUUUAUUGAUCACAGCGCCGUGCAAGACAUAGUAAUCAUAGAAAGACACAUACAGUAUCACUCGCCCGGGAGAGGAUAUUAUACUCACAUUCGUAACAGGUGGAAUUUCGUUUCAAGCACCGACAUAAAAAGACACAACCUCCAGAGUUUCCGUGUCUUGAAAAAGUGUACCGACCUCAUUAUUUUUGAGGGACAAUGAAAAGUUAGGAAUAGAGACCACACAGUGCUUAUGGCAGUAUAGCAUCACCAGACAUAUCGUGUACCAAUCUCCGGGAACUACACUCAGUAUUGCGGAAGGAAGUUUGUAUGCUGUAAAAAUGGAAUCACGAUCAGAAAACCAACGAGGGGCUCCUCAAAUUGGAGAGAAGAAAUGAUGCAGAUGACAUCAUUCUAAAAAGGAAACCUUGGUUCUUGCCAGGAUCGUUCGCACGUGACGUUAAACACCGUCUCCUCAAAAUAGGAUCGCAAUUUAGUCUGGAAAGCCAGGGAAAUCAUCGACGAGGAGAAAAUGUAAUUGGUCAGCAUCUCCUCAUCAAGAAAAGUCGCUGACAUUACAAAAACACCUGUUACUAAAUCUAGAAUGCUUUAUUACAUCUUCGACAGGAUGCAUUACAAGGAGGAUAUCUCUUCAAAGAUGAUUCCGUUAUAAGCCUCUGAUUCCAAAGAGCCUGGAAAUCCUUUUAUUGGAUGGACUUUGGUAAUUGCUGCUUAUGAAAACUGAAAUUACCUUUCUGUACUACCCUGGGAUAUCUUCCCUGUAGCAGGUGAUGAUUCGAAGUCUUCAUUGACGAGAUGAUAAACGAUAACUGAGCCCCUGGGAAAUACCUUUAAUGACGCAAGGAUCGAUAUUUGGAGGCGUGGCUCCGCUUGUAAUGUCAGACAACAGAUAGUGCUAGGAUACAAAGUUCAGCUCUGGUUCGCGGAACCACUUGUGUAUACGAGCGAGUUGGUACUUGUAACAAUCAAAGACAACGAAUGCCUUCGGUGAAAAAUUAUUACUCCAUAAGAGCGUGGAUAAACAGAUUGUUUGCGCUUUCAUUCGCGUGUGUUUCCCAUCCUUCACAAUAACCCAGUUGUGGAUUUUCCUCCGACUUAAAUCGAAAUGAAUCAACACAGUUAUGACAAAUUUACGCGACUGCGUUUGUGGUCAACUGGACAUCGACAUGUGUAAGCGUUUCGCGAUUACCGGCGACCUGCGUGAUUUUUGAAGGAUUAAAUUUGGCAUUUUGUCGAUGGAUUUUUCUAAUGCAGACGGGCGUGCGACUAGUUGGUUCCAUCAAGCUCUGGAUUAUUGAAGGCAGUCUUUUGUGGAUAUAGUCGUAAGCGAUCUCAUGGCUUCGUGUGGCGGUCUACAUGUGUUGUGAAUCAUUGAUUCUUGCAAACUACGAAUGUAUUCUGUUGAUCGUUGGGCGUCUAUGUUAAUCAAGAGAACGCCCUUGUUAUUGACCACAAAAGCACGUGUUUAGUGGCGAUAGUCAUACUGCAUAUUUGUGGAAAGCAUUCGGUUGCUCUGUCGACAUUUCCUGUUAGAUUCGACAAGUUUGUGUCGACAUUAUAUUCCAAGAUGGGCAGUGAUGUUUAUGUCACUGUCGGUCUGGCAGCCGAAAUCCCAAUAGCCGUAGCCGCAGCCCUAGGCAACGCCUUAGUAUGCUGGGCUGUGUACUACAACAGACGUCUGAGGAACGUUACCAAUUACUUCAUAGUGUCCCUAGCCAUUGCAGACUUGUUGGUGGGUCUGUUAGCGAUUCCCUUCGCGCUCUUGACGAACGCAGGUGAGCCGAGGAAUAGCUUCCACCUGUGUCUCUUCAUGAAUUCCUUCGUCGUGACGCUGACGCAGAGUUCCAUCUUGAGUCUACUCGCUAUUGCCUUGGAUCGUUACUUCGCUGUGGUGUCUCCGUUGAGGUACAAGCGCGUAGCCACAGCACGUCGUGCGUUGAUCGUCAUCUUCUUCACCUGGCUACUAGCGUUCGUCAUCGGCAUGAUACCGGUGUUCGGCUGGAACCUCGGCAAACCCGAACGCGAGAACUACGCGUGCGUCUUCACCGAAGUCAUCGACAUGAGGUACAUGGUGUACUUCAACUUCCUAGGCUCAGUGCUACCGCCACUGCUCAUCAUGCUCUUUGUGUACGUUCGGAUUUUCCGCGUGGUCAGGAAACAAUUGGCCGCCAUUUCGCGGACCAUGGUGGCGAGUAACGAUGAGAUGAAUCGCCAGUUGGCGGCACUGGCCGUCAAGGAAGGACGAGCGGCCAAACUACUUGCCAUCGUCAUUAUCCUAUUUGCCGUCUCAUGGUUACCACUUCACAUCAUCAAUACUGUAAUCCUCUGUACAGGAGGCGUGAAUUAUACCAUUCUCCUCAUUGCAAUUAUUCUCUCUCAUUCCAACUCGGCCAUGAACCCGAUAGUCUACACCCUCAGUAACCGCGAAUUCAGGCGCACCUUUUACCGUCUCAUAUUCAAGGUCAUCUUGCGAGGAGUCAUUUCAAUCAGGAGUUGCGAACCGGACAACCGUAUGGACGAAUUCACCGGGGGCUACACAAGCGCCACGCAUUUCCACCAGGUCCGCAAUGGUGUUAAUUCGAGAGACACGCCUAGGGGCACGCCCCUCCCACUUAAGAAAUUUGGACCCAAGGAAUCGAAAGGAGCCGACCAUUGCCUAUGAUUGAAGAUGGCUGAAACAUGAUGUUCAAUCCUGAACGUGGGGAUUUUUAUUAAUGUUAAAUUCUCAUCUAUGUUAAUAUAUUGUAAGUGAAGUUACUUAUUUAUUAUAAGGACGCACCUGGUCUUAUUUUUGGAAUUUUUGGAACGAAAAAUCUUGGCUAUCAAGCACUGAUUCCAUAUAAAAUGUGCGGAAAAAAAUCCGUGUUUCGCUUCUAUGUUAUUUUCACAUAUUGAAGAGUUAAGUCAAAGUACGUGGUGGAAGAACUUUGCUGUCUUGUGUUUUAUUGAAGGUGUGAAUGUCGAACCAUAAGAAACAAUGGACUAUACAAGACGUAUUGUGUCUGGAUUGUAAUGUAUAAUGCAUACAGUGACGGUGAUUCGGGCAUAUUUUGUAGUUGCAAGCAAACUGAAAUCUUUCGUAAUGUUUUUAGGUGUGUUUUAAAGUUUCACUACAGCAAUGCCUUUUAAGAUGUGUAUCUGUUUUUAAACUGUCGCGUAAACGUUCGAACGUCAACAGCUAUCCUUAAAGGAUUGGGAUUGCCAUGCAAAAUUUGACCUCUCAAAGCGCGCCUCCUUGUGGUUUCUUUUUUUCUAGCUGUACUAAAGCACUAAAAUGGCUUUGUAAAGGAGUUACAUAUACCUUUUAAGUAUCACUUUGUCAGGAUGAUUUUCUCACAAAAUAACGUAUAUACGGCAUAAAUGUACGUUGAUUUCCCCCUGUAAUAAUUUUUUCUGGCUCAUGUUUCGAGAAAAACGUACUUUUAAGAACGCAAUAAAUGCCAUUUAAUUCGAGUAGCAAUUACCAUAAAAAAGUAAAUAGGCUAAAUAAAGAUCACAGGAUUUGUUGAGAAA